CGGCACCCCGUAGCCGUGCGCCUCGUUGAGCCGGCGCCAAGAUGGCGGCUCUGACAGGCGGAGGGUGGCCGCGCCGGGGGUCGCGGGGGCCGGAGCGGAACCGCCGCGGCUGAGCCCCUGAGCCGCCCCCGAGGCAGGCACCCGGCCGCCGGGACCCAGGACAUGGUGCGACCCGCGCCGGGCCGCCGCCGUCGCCGCCGCCGCUGAGCUCGCGGGCCGCGCCGGGCUCGAACGUGGGAGCGGGAAGAUGUUUUCCGCGCUCAAGAAGCUGGUGGGGUCGGAGCAGGCUCCGGGCCGCGACAAGAAUAUCCCCGCCGGGCUGCAGUCCAUGAACCAGGCGCUGCAGAGGCGCUUCGCCAAAGGGGUGCAGUACAACAUGAAGAUAGUGAUCCGAGGGGACAGGAACACGGGCAAGACUGCGCUGUGGCACCGACUCCAGGGCAAGAAGUUUGUGGAGGAGUACAUCCCCACGCAGGCGAUCCAGGUCACCAGCAUCCACUGGAACUACAAAACCACUGAUGAUAUCGUGAAAGUUGAAGUCUGGGACGUAGUUGACAAAGGGAAGUGCAGGCGGCGAGGUGAUGGCUUGAAGGUGGAGAACGACCCCCAGGAGGCAGAGUCCGAGAUGGCCCUGGACGCCGAGUUCCUGGACGUGUACAAGAACUGCAAUGGGGUGGUCAUGAUGUUCGACAUCACCAAGCAGUGGACCUUCAACUACAUCCUGCGGGAGCUUCCCAAGGUGCCGACCCACGUGCCAGUGUGCGUGCUGGGGAACUACCGCGACAUGGGCGAGCACCGAGUCAUCCUGCCCGAUGACGUGCGCGACUUCAUCGACAAUCUGGACAGGCCUCCAGGCUCCUCCUACUUCCGCUAUGCCGAGUCCUCCAUGAAGAACAGUUUUGGCCUAAAGUACCUUCACAAAUUCUUCAAUAUCCCGUUUCUGCAGCUUCAGAGAGAGACCCUGCUCCGGCAGCUGGAGACGAACCAGCUGGACGUGGACGCCACGCUGGAAGAGCUGUCAGUGCAGCAGGAGACCGAGGACCAGAACUAUGACAUCUUCCUCGAGUUGAUGGAGGCACGCAGCCGUGGCCAUGCGUCCCCACUGGCAGCCAACGGGCAGAGCCCAUCCUCAGGCUCCCAGUCUCCAGUGGUGCCUCCCAGCGCUGUGUCCACAGGGAGCUCCAGCCCCGGCACACCCCAGCCAGCCCCACAGCUGCCCCUCCACACCCCCUCGGCCGGCCCCUGUCCCCCACCCCCCACGGAGGCCCCACUGCCCCCUGCAGCCCCUGCCCCUCGGCGCAGCAUCAUCUCGAGGCUGUUUGGGACCUCACCAGCUGCCGAGGCAGCCCCUUCACCCCCAGAGCCAGCCCCAGCUGCAGAGGCCCCCACCAAAGUCCAGAACGUGGAGGAUUUCGUUCCCGAAGAAGGCCUUGACCGGAGCUUUCUGGAUGACACAGUACCCCAAAAGGAUGAGAAGAAAGUCGGAGCCAAGGUCCUACAAGACAGUGACAGCGAUGGGGAGGCCCCAGGUGGGAACCCGCUGGUGGCAGGUUUCCAGGAUGACGUGGACGUUGAAGAUAAGCCGCCCGGCAGGCCCCGACUGCCCCUGGGCCCCAGGGAAGGCGUGACUUCUUCCAGUGAGGAGGAAGCAGAGGGGGUGGCGGCGCACCCCAAGACCACUGUCCUGGUCCCCGAGAAGUGCUCUGAGCCAGAGACCAAACGGUCCUCCACAAAGGCCGCAAGGCUGCACAGGGCUGCAGUUCCCAGGGCUGCGGAGUCCCGCCGGCCAGGCGUCCGCAAGUCCCCCACCGAGGACCCCUCUGGAGGGGGUGAGGAGGGCAAGGACCAGCAGGCAGCGUCAUCAGAGAGUGACCCUGAGGGGCCCAUCGCCGCCCAGAUGCUCUCCUUUGUCAUGGACGACCCUGACUUUGAGAGCGACUCGGACCCUCAGCGGAGAGCGGAUGAGUUCCCAGUGCGAGAGGACCUCUCUGACGAGACAGAUGAGGAUGCUGGUCCUGCCCAGCCGCUCCCACCCCCCAAGCCCCCUGUGUCCUCCUUCAGACUGAAGAAUGACUCGGACCUCUUCGGGUUGGGACUGGCGGAAACGGGCCGCAAGGAGAUCAGCGAUGAAGAUAAGGAGGGCAAGCCUCCCACAAAAGAGAAGAAGAAGAAGAAGAAGAAGGGCAAAGAGGUAGGCACCCUGCCUCCCACCUCCCAGGUGCCUGCUAGGCAGUUUGGAGUCCGGGAGCCCCCACAACCUGAGCUGCCCUCUCCCCAGGAGGAAGACAAGGCCGUGAAGAAAAAGAGCAAGCGGAAGAAGAGCAGGGACCAGGAGGAGGGCAGGCAGGCGCGGCGGCGGCGGCCCAGGGCUACAGAGAGGACCGCUGUGGAUGAGCUGGAGGCCUUCCUGGGGGGCGCAGCCCCGGGGGGCCACCUCCGCGGGGGCGGGGACUACGAAGAGCUCUAGGCCCAGCACGCCCGCCCGCUGGGGUGGGGACGGGCACAGGCCCACCCUGGCCCCCGGGGCUGCUGAGCCCGCCCUGCAGGAGGGGCUGGCGGGCGGUGGGCGCGGCUCUGCGGGCAGCCGGUCCCCAGCGCUUCUCAGGGAUGGGACUGAGGCCCAGGAGGCCGCGAGGCUGUUUACAGGGCAGGGCACGCCCUCGUCACCGGCCUGGCUCCUGCUUGCCCCCGGCCCGCUGCACUCGCUCUCCCAGGCCCCCCCCCGCCAUGCGGGUGGGCUCCGCUUCCUGCCCCGUCUGGCAUGGGGGACAGACCCCAGGCAGCACCGGCACCCUUCCCGGGCUAGGGUCCAGCUUUGCACCUGCGCUGGGCUUGCUGCCAGCCAGGCCGGGGGGUCCUCAGACUCUGUUUCCUCUCGUUCUCCUUCAGCACUCCCACCAUAAAGCUCUCCUGUU